AGCUGGGGUGGCUCCGAAUAUUCACAAAUGCAAAUGGGGUCUAGCUCAGAGGACCAUUGGGACCAAGCUGUCAGCACAAGCCUCCACUGUACAACUCCAUGCUCGUCUUCUUCCCAUGAUCCGCGUGGUGGUCACCGACACUCAUGAAGCGGGAAUUUCCACACAAGCACUGUCGCCGUGAAACUCAGAGAAAGAGUAGCCGUAAGAGUGAAGAAAAAUUGCAACAAUUUGCAGGGAGGGAUCCAAUGUGCUCCAGCUUUCUACACUUUUGCCUUCGCCAUUUUUUCUGCUUCUUUCUUCUCUACUCGCCAAUUGGUGCUUUUGCUGCUGACCCUUUCGUUUUCUAUGACUGGAGGGUCUCGUACAUCACUGCCUCACCACUGGGCAUCAGUCAACAGGUGAUUGGAAUUAACAAUCAGUUUCCAGGACCAAUUCUCAAUGUCACUACAAAUUGGAAUGUUUUUAUCAACGUCAAGAAUGAUCUCGAUGAGCCGUUGCUCCUCACAUGGAAUGGUAUACAACACAGAAAAAACUCUUGGCAGGAUGGUGUCUCAGGGACAAAUUGUCCCAUACCUCCUGGGUGGAACUGGACAUAUAUAUUUCAAGUUAAAGAUCAGAUAGGGAGUUUCUUCUACUUCCCUUCCCUGGGCUUCCAUAGAGCUGCAGGAGGAUAUGGGGGAAUUACUGUAAACAACAGAGAUGUUAUUCCAUUACCAUUUGGGACACCAGAUGGAGAUAUUACCAUUUUCAUUAGUGACUGGUACACGAAAAGUCAUAAGGAACUUAGGAAUGAUAUUGAAAAUGGACGUGAUCUUGGAGUACCUGAUGGAAUCCUAAUUAAUGGACUAGGUCCAUACCGCUAUGACAAUGCACUUGUUCCUGAUGAUAUUGCCUACCUGACAGUAAAUGUUGAACAAGGAAAAACUUACCGUCUCCGGGUACACAAUGUCGGCAUCUCAACUAGCUUAAAUUUCAGAAUCCAAAAUCAUAUCUUAAUUCUUGUUGAAACUGAAGGUUCAUACACGGUUCAGCAGAACUAUACAAACAUGGAUAUUCAUGUGGGCCAGUCAUACUCAUUCUUAGUUACCAUGGAUCAAAAUGCUAGCAGUGAUUACUAUAUUGUGGCCAGUGCUCGGUUUUUCAAUUCAUCUGCUUGGGCAAAAGCUACAGGAGUUGCUAUGUUGCACUACUCAAAUUCUCAGGGACGUGCUUUUGGUCCGCUUCCAGAUCCUCCUAAUGAAUACGAUACAUACUUCUCGAUGAAUCAAGCACGAUCCAUAAGAUGGAAUGUCUCUGCCAGUGCUGCUCGUCCAAACCCACAAGGAUCUUUUAAAUAUGGUCAGAUUGAUGUCACUGAUGUAUAUGUGAUCCUUAGCAGACCUGCAGAGCUUAUUGAUGGGAAGUGGCGAUCCACAUUUAAUGGUAUUUCAUAUUUAGCUCCUUCAACACCACUGAAGCUUGCCCAACAAUUUAACAUCCCUGGGGUUUUUAAGCUAGAUUUUCCAAAUAGGCUAAUGAACAGACUUGCAAAAGUUGACACAUCUAUAAUUAAUGCUACUUACAAAGGUUUUAUGGAAAUCAUAUUCCAAAAUAAUGAUACCACAGUUCAGAGUUACCAUAUGGAUGGUUAUGCAUUCUUUGUUGUGGGUAUGGAUUAUGGGGUGUGGACGGAGGACAGCAGAAGCAUUUACAACAAGUGGGAUGGCGUUGCUCGUAGCACUACACAGGUAUUUCCUGGAGCUUGGACGGCAAUUUUAGUUUCUCUUGACAAUGUUGGAAUUUGGAACCUCCGUGCAGAGAAUCUCAACUCCUGGUAUCUGGGGCAAGAAGUUUAUGUGAACGUGGUUAAUCCAGAGAACAAGGAUAACACUGAGCUUCCUUUCCCUGAAAAUGGCAUCUUUUGUGGCUUACUCUCGUCUUUGCAGAAAGAUCAGUCUCAGAGGGUUAAAUAUUCUAGUGCGCCAUCUGCUGCUGGUGCAUUUAGAGAAGCGUUGAUUGCAGUUCUCUUAACUUUGAUUGGAACUUCCAUGGGGUAAACAAAUUGCAGCAGAUGUUGCAGCACACUUCACUUCUUUUUUUUUUUUUGGGAUAACGCAUCGGGUUUCCACGUGUUCUUUUGUCUUGGGGAAGUUGGGGCUGGAGGAUGUUGGCUUCACUUAUUCCACAAGAUAUGGAUCAUGGAAGGGAGGGUAUUCAUGUUGCUGGUUGGAGUAUGUACCAUUUGUAGCUGUUUGGUGUAUCAUUGCAUGUAAUAUGUAUCAUUUUGACUGUAAACAAUUUUGGGUCAUUGUUCUGAAACAGUUGCAUAAGAAGAGGUGAAGGAGGAGAUUUCAUGACUAUCUAGAAGUCCUGAUCGGAAUGGAAAAGCUUUGUUGUUAAUGAGUACAAA